ACACUCUAGCGGUCUACAGAGGACGUCCGCUUGCCGUUUCCUGCGACUAAAAACUGCUCGUCUUACCGUAUGAAUACCAGAUGAUCAUUGUUGCAAACGGAAGAAGAACCACUGACUUUGUCCUAUCUGAGAGUGCCACUACUUUACUGAGGAAACGGACACUUGUUAACCAGACACUUCAGUGUACGUGCGAGAAGUUUGUGUCAAACUUAGUGUCGAAACAGCGCAUGCAAAUAAAAAGUCAUUGCCAGUCUUGUGGAUUACCACUUGGCAGAACAGCACACAGUUAAUUGUAAGGACGUCUAAUUCCGACACCUUUUGGUGACUUGAAAAGCUCGUUGUGCGUGCUGCUCGAACGGUGGGGCUUUUGGGAACAACUUUCGAGUUCUGCUAAAACGAGGACUAAAAAUUGCUUUCCAAGAUGAGCCCCAGAGUUGGAAUUUGCUCGCCGGGAAAACUGACUCUUCAUAUGAUAGCUAUCUCCUCUCUACUCAUCGUUGUUUACAGCCAAAGCGACCCGGUUACGGGGUGCCCGCCCCCGCCGCCACAGGACGGACUCGUGCAGUUUAUCAACGGAGUCGACAUCAGCACGCACAGUGUGAUUGCCUAUCCCGUGGACUCCCGUAUCACGGCUCAGUGUAGCGACCCCGGGGGUAUGCGUCUUACAGGGAACUUGAAUGGCCGGGUGUGUAGGGCUGAUGGAAAGUGGGGUGGCCAGUCGCCAACUUGUCGGGAAGUCAAUCAACAGAUCAGCGUCAGUGGGGGCGCUGUCCAGCGCGUCACAUCAGCAGGUUCUCUGUCCAUCUACGUCACACCAACCACAGACUCGGUAGAGAUCCACUGCACGAUCGCCCAGAAGACACCGGAGCUGGAGGCCCCACACAUUCAGGUGGACAAUUCCCGAGUACGGGUUCGUGACAUUCGAGGCGAUGCUAACCGCGUGGCGAUCAUGACACUCAACCCCGUCCUAGCAACUGACUCCGGCCAGUUCGGCUGCCGGAAGGCCGUGGCCAACAAUCCGCCCACCCAUCUACGGAUCGAUUUCUACGAGGUCAGUUUGGCGAGCAUGGACUGCCCGAGUGACAUCGUGCAAGCCACGGAGCCGGGUGAGGCGGUGGCAAGAGUGACUUGGCUGGAGCCUACACUGCACACGGCCAUUGGGAUAACCGAGUACAACAAGACGCACUCACCAGGGGACGAAUUUCCCAUCGGAGAAACAACGGUCGUGUACACUUCUGACACUGAUGGGAACGAGGUUGACAUUUGCAGAUUCACGGUCACCGUAAUUGAUGAGGAAAACCCAACUUUUAUUUCGUGUCCUGAUGACGACAUCGAGGUGCGCACGGACACGGGCGUUGCUACGGCCGUGGUCACGUGGGAACCCAUCGUUGCCCUUGACAACUCCCGCGUCGUUUCGGCGCCUGCGGGGAACUACCAGUCCGGCGUGGCUUUUCCCGUAGGGGACACGCUGGUCUCGUUCGUGGCUCGGGACAAAUCGGGCAACGUGGAAUUCUGCAACUUCACAGUCUCCGUUAAAGACCUUGAGCCGCCGGUCGUCCACAACUGCCCCCAGCCCGUCACGGCCAGCCUGACUGCCCAGUCCAUGGACUCAAUACGAGUCAACUGGACCGAACCCAACGUCACGGACAACACGGGGAGGUAUAGUCUGGUCAACUCGCACGCGCCGGGAGACUUGUUCAACUUCGGCAUCACUGAUGUCUCUUACAUCGCGCGGGACACGUUCGGAAACGAGAACUUUUGUGUAUUUCAGGUUAUCGUUCUUGAUGAAGUCUCGCCUACGUUUUCGGACUGCCCAGCCAGUCAGACCCGGUACCUAGGCCGCAACGAGUCCGAGGUACCGGUGUACUGGAACCAACCGCUCCCCGGGGACAACAUCGAUAUCGUCGGCCCGACCGUACCGUCGCACACGCCCGGCCAGCGGUUCGGUCUCGGGACCCACACGGUGACAUACACCGCCUCGGACCCGGCUGGGAAUAACGGCACGUGCAGCUUCAACGUGACGGUCAAGAUAGCCCAAUGUCAGGCAGAGAUCACUCCAUAUUCUGAGGGGAUUUUGACUUGGACAUCCGCCCUUCCGCACGAUCUGGUGCCUUCACGCGAGCGAUGCUCCGUCUAUACUGAAAACGCUGGCAGCAUACGUGCAUUGCGUGAGUGCGUACCGGACGAGAAUCGGGGUGCGGUGUGGCGUGAGCCGAGACUUAACGACUGUGGUGCGGUCAGAGACUCAGUCGAUCUAGACGAUCUCCGGAAGGUUUCCAUUGGUGAAGGGAACGUCAUGGAGGUUUCCCAGGCCGUAGCCAAGACUGUCUCAAACAUGACGUCAGAGCUCGCAGACAACCUCGAACCCGUCGCCAGCAUCUUGCAGAAUAUAGUCGAGGCAGGGUCGCCGUUACUUGAGGUUACAAAAGCUGUUAUUGAAACAGUCAACAGCGUUAUUACGUCAGUCAGCGAGCAUGACGUCACCUACAGUGCAUCGACGGGCGAGGAAGCGCCCUCAAGCAGUAGGGCCUCCUCCAGCAUUGUCCAGUCUCUUGAAGCUCAAAUCUCAUUGGUUACACGUGACCUCAACUUUCUGGAGGUCACGGAACGCAGUCUGGCUGUCAACGUCGUCACGCUGCAGCCCUACCAACAAGACGAGGAAACCCAGUUCUUGUCCGUAUUGGACGCGGAUGACCCAGACACCUCCAUUCUGCAGGACGGGGGUGUGCGGAUCGUACCAAAAAGAGAGAGGGGGGACUCCCGUGGUAUGUCGUGGCCGAUCGACACAGCAAUAACCAUGCCGGCUGAUAUUGGAACUGCAGUGGCAAAUAGUCUCGGAUUUGGGAGUCCAGUGCCGCUACGUAUAAGCUUCGUCAUGUACCAGAGCGACGGCCUGUUUCCCGCGAAGAACGCCAGCCGCGUGCUCGCUUCCCGGAAUACUUCCGGUGACUAUUUCACUUCCGGUCGUGUCAUCUCUGCCACCGUUGAGGGCGUUCAGCUGCGGAACCUGUCUCAGCCGGUGGUCGUGGAAUUUACUCCUCACCAGGACUGGAAUGAGUCUAUUGGAGUUGCGCAGUGCGUGUUCUGGGAUUUUAGUCUGGACAACGGCACUGGUGAUUGGUCGUCAGACGGAUGCACGUACGCUGGGUUCAAGGAUGGCCGUAUCAUAUGCCAUUGUUACCAUCUCACAAACUUCGCUGUGCUUAUGGGCAUGAAGGAUGAAUCUCUACCACCAGUCGCGCAGUUCCUUCUGGAUUUCAUCAGCGCAGUUGGCUGCGCUCUGUCGAUAGGGGGCGUCUCUCUGACUCUGUUUACGUUUGUUGUGUUUGGAAAUUUGCGCGCCACCCGUUCCCGCCAAAUCCUGAUGCAUCUGUGUAUGGCCCUGCUGUGUCUCUACGUGGCUUUCCUAGCGGGCAUCGACGCCACGAACAACGGGGCCAUCUGCACUGCCGUCGCGGCCGUCAUCCACUACUUCACGCUCGCCUCCAUGUGCUGGAUGGGGGUCGAGGCACGCAAUAUGUACCUCCUCCUCGUCCGGGUCUUCAAGGGGAGGGAGUCCAGGUUCAUGCUCAAGGCUUGCACCUUCGCCUGGGGUACACCGCUGAUUAUCGUCGCCGUCACGUUCGGUGUUACUUUCCCGAUGGGAACAUACCGUCACGACGAUUUUUGCUUCCUGUAUGUUGGCCCCGCCCAGUACUACGGCCUCCUGGUACCAAUCGCGCUGGUUCUCCUCCACAACCUGGUGACCUUUGUCCUCGUGGUGCGCAGCCUCGUUAAGAACGACAUGGGAGACGCGGUCAACAAGCAGCGGACCCAACUCCAAAAGCUCUCCUCUCGGUUGCAAAACGCCGUGUGCAUGUCCGUCCUACUCGGGUUGUCCUGGGCGUUCGGGUUCCUGUCCAUAACUCUGGGUACCUUUGUCUACCAGCUCAUCUUCUGCCUUGCCAACUCGGUCCAGGGCUUCUUGGUGUUUGUCCUGUUCUGCGUCCGUUCGACUGAUGUCCGCAAGGCCUGGCGUAAGGCCCUCCCCAUUGAGUGCAACCUCCGCGGUCAGACCUACAAAAUCCAGGAGCGGGCGCGCAAGAGCGUCUUCGCCGUCGAUAAGUGGAAUUGCCCGGCCAAGCUCUCGGAGGAAGACGGUCCGGGCUUGGACAUCUACAUGUACACGAGCUGGUCCGGGGACGGUAGCAGCCGUUGGGAGGAGAGUAAAUACAUCUCUUACACGUCACAGAUGUCACAGGUUAGCAACGGGACAAAUGUCAUUCGGCCGUUCAGCAUUUACAGCUCGGAGAACGGCACUGUGGGAAGGAAAAAGCACAGCUUGUUUUGAGCAUGUUUACGGCAGCCAUUUUAGAUGGAGCUUUCACUAUUGGUUUUAAUUCAAAGCAGCAACAUCACACUUCAACUUAUAACUUAAAGCUUUGUGUAGCAUUUAUUUGUAUUGUACAACAAACAGUCCUUUGAUGGUUAAUAGGACGAGCCUAAUGCUGCAACAGGCUGGAGCUGAUGUGCAGUUCCCAUUUGUUUUAUACCUUGACGCAUUGCACACACUGGGAACCAGACGCUUAUCUUGAACUGAUGGUUUGAGCUGGUUCCCGACACCCCGUGGCACGUUAGCCACGCAAUUAAGUCAAGCUCACGCGGAAUACCAGUGGGACGGCACCAAUCGCAUAGACUUGAGCGUAAAAUGGUUGAACUAUAGUGUGAACACAUUAUAACCUUUGAUUGGACGUUAUUGUCUCGUAAUUUUCAUGAAAUCACCCUUCAUUUCAUGUAUUUCACUUCUGACUAGGAAAAUUAAAGAAUUCUUGAGGAACAGGUCAAAUUUUAAUGUUCAGUUUGCGAAUCUAGUGUAAUAUUACAAAUUUCACCGACGUUUUCAAGGACCAACUGCCAAACAGAUAUGAAAUAAUGGUGUCUUUGCCAAAAGACGUGUGUAAAUAUGUAGAUAUUUUUGAUAUUCUUUUCAAGUAAUCCUUUUUUAGUCUCUUUUGUAAACUUUUGUACUGACUCUAAAAUAUAAUUAGAAUUAAACAAAGAGCAUCAUUUUCAAGAUAGUACUUUAAGUCUCUAACAAUAAGUAGGCGUACAUGUUCAUAUUUGAAAAAGAAUUGAAAUGUUAGUCAGAUUUUUUUCUCGGUAAGGGACACUAAAGUGUAGUGGCUCUUUCAUAAUCGGCCAAACGCUCUUACGUCACCAAGUCACGUGCGCCGAGGAAACGACGCCCUUUGACCUGGUGACGUCAUGUUGGGUGUGUUCAGAAACAAUGCGACUACUAAUCAGUACUGCUACUAAUAUCAGAAUAGCAUAGUGCAGAGUUGUAGGCCUACAUGCGCUAGAAUUUAUUUGUGCUCUUUCGUGUUUCUUAAGCUUUGAGUCGACAGAUGGAGCUCUUAACUUUGGUGAUGUUUGGUUGUAAAUAAACAAAAUGUUAAUAUUGAAA